AAAAAACGAGUGAAUAUGUCCGAAAGUGCUACAGACGCUGUGCAUCCUCGGUUUUUAAGAAAACCUCGGCACUACGUAAAUGCUUUGAAAGUAGCCUUAGUACAGUUGUCAGUGGGACCAGAUAAGGCUAAAAAUUUAGCAGCUGCUGUCAGUGAGAUACACAAGGCUAAGGAAAAGGGAGCACAAUUGGUGGCCCUGCCGGAAUGCUUCAACUCACCGUAUGGAACAAAGUAUUUCGAGGAGUACGCAGAGGAAGUGCCGUCGGGGUUGACGUCCCGGACGCUGUCCCAAGCGGCGGCGGAAGCGGGGGUGUGUGUGGUGGGGGGGACGCUGCCGGAGCGGCGCGGGGCCGCGCUGUACAACACGUGCACGGUGUGGGGCGGCCGCGGGGAGCUCCUGGCCACGCACAGGAAGAUGCAUCUCUUCGAUAUUGACAUACCAAAUAAAAUAACCUUCAAAGAGUCUGAAGUUUUAAGUGCUGGUGACCAAAUAACCACAUUCGAUUACCAAGGAAUCAAAAUUGGAAUCGGAAUUUGCUACGACUUGCGAUUUUCAGAAAUGGCACACCUUAUGGCUAAGCAAGGUUGCUCACUACUCAUAUACCCGGGAGCGUUCAAUAUGACAACAGGCCCAAAGCAUUGGGAACUAUUAGCUCGAGCUAGAGCCAACGAUGAGCAACUCUGGGUAGCUCUAGUGAGUCCUGCGAGGGAUACCACUGCGGGGUAUGUGGCCUGGGGUCAUUCUCUACUGGUGGACCCUUGGGCGACCGUCGUUGACCAGCUAAGUGAGGGCCCAGGUACACUCGUGGCAGAUGUUGAUUUAAAUGUAGUUGAAGAGGUUAGAAGCCAAAUACCCAUUAGAGUUCAGAGAAGGACAGACAUAUACGACACAAUUCAAAAGAAGUAAAGCAAUAAUGCCGAUUUCUAGCCAUUAACAAAGUGUUAUAUGUAUAUUUCAAGACAAGAAGAAAUGAAACUAUUGUUUCGAAUAUGUAAUAAUGUUUAAUUUACUCGUUGGUUACUGUGUUAUAUUUAUUAAAAUAUAUUUUAUAUGUUAAUAUAUAAUGUAAUUAUAGCUUCGAUUUUUCUUUCUG